AUGAUGUCGAUAGACGAGAUCGGCAGGGAGGAUCGAGACGACUACAAAGAGAAAGUGUCCAAGUGGUUGUCAGGCGCCACCGCGGGCCUCAAUUGUGAUAUAUUUUGGAUGGUCUUGCGAAUUUCACACCGCGUUGGCACCGUCAUUGACGAAUUCAGCAAUUUUCUGCAAAGUCACGACAAGAGAGCCAAUGCGGGAAAGCCUGGAUGCCUAGCGGCGCUGGCGGCGGGCAAAGCAGAUUACUUCCAUACCAAAUUAUCUGAGCUUGCUGUUCGACGGUCGGCUUGGGGGGGCGCGCUACAGCAAGAUAACGACUUACCCUGUGGCAUUCGUGCCAAGGUUCUGAUGGGCGCGACGUGGUACGCAGCGUGCGCUGCCGCUGACUUUGAUAACCGCAUCUGUAGCAGAUGCAACGUCUACCCAGUGCGACUGCUGGCGCUCGGGGUUGGUGACCCCGACGGCCCGAACGAGCUGAGGAGGAACAUCGCUCGCGACGUGGUGGCGUUUCGGCCUGACACCGACUUGAGCAAGUUGGGGGUGGACUUCAAUCUAUUCAGGCUCCGCGCUCAGUUCCACGAUGAUUUCGUGCGAGCUGCGGUCGACGGCAACAUGAGUCAGAGCAUGAAGUUGUACCGCGUCACGCUCAAUAUCGGGAGGUCUCUGAGGCCAGAUACGCAGGAGGUCGAGGGCACGAACUCGCUCAUAGCAAUUGAGUCCGCUAUCGCCCCGACAAUAUCUUUACCAUUGCCCAGCAGUAGGGUCAACAACUCGAAAAGAUGCGGGCUCGGCUCACGGAGUGCUAAGAUGAGAUUGAACUGGAGCGACGUGCGAGGAUCCAUCGAGAAUCUCCGAGACGAGGCAGUGGAACAUUUCGAGUCAAUCGAAGCAAUCUUGGGUCAGAAAGGCCGCUUCGCGACGCCUCCGCCAAUUGACGCUGCGUCCGCCCCAGAACCUGAGAGGGCGCCAGCCGAUGGAGACAAGCAGCUAAGGGACAGGGCGUGUAGGGCAUGGGCCUCCAAUGUGCACGGACGGCGCAACUCCCCAGAGAGGUUCGUCAUCGGCGUCGCUGUGGGCGAUAUUGUGUACGCGCCAAUCAUUUCGCCCUACAACGUGCAGAUGUUCGCCACUGCGACUGACGAGGGCGAUGGGCGACCGCUUGAGCUCCAUAGUCCGAUCAACGCAGUCAGCGGGUGGGAUAUGUUUACUUCGUUACUUGGUGCAGAAAGGUCGCAUUGGGAAGUCAACUUGAAGACGAUUGCCUGGUCAGGGGUGGGGUCUUUCGAUGUUGUUUCGGAGGAGGUCGCGGCGUGGCCACUACCAGAACCCAGCAAACGCAAAUGCGUCGCAGCCGCUCCAGGCCGACCCCCUUCAUUGGAAGACGAGGGCGGUGACGCCGACAGCGACGACGACCAUGGCGACCAACCAGUCCUGGAUGGGAUCGCAGUCGACAUAGCGCCCGAGCCUGACACGAAAUCCGACGACGGCGGCGACGGCCCAUGCGACGAGCAAGGCGUGCCGACGCCUGAGCCAUUGUCAGAGGCGCGGUUGUUGGAGUUGCGUAGGCUUUGGAAAGAUCAGUUCCUCUUGUCUCAGCAGUGCAUCGAGCGCUGCAGGGACGAAUAUCAGGUCAGACCCCUUACGAAACAAGUAUCGUUGGUAGCAACAGUCGGCGAGGACGGAAAUAUGACAGUUACCUUCAUGCAGUUCAAGGGCGCUGGCGACAUGUGCGGCCAAAUUGUGAACUCGGACGAGAAAGGGAGAUGCAAAUUUUCACCUGUUGGGUACUUUCGUUUUCAGUGCUACACGGACGACACGUGCAAAGUCAUUUUGGCUAGCACUGGAACCACCAUGGUCAAAUGCAGAGGCAGCAACACCGAGCCCCUGCUGAGCAGGCGCCCUGAGAACAAUCGCCGACAGCGGCGGACGCGCGAAGCCUGCGCCCAAGACAUGCUCACCAAGGGCAUGUUCGUUGGCGUGCGCGGCGAGCCGUGGGCAGUGGAGUGUGAGCACGGCACCUACGCGCUCAUGAGUGGCGCCACCAUGGUGGAGGCCGUGCACGACGCCUUCAAGGCGCAACCUUCCAACAAGUACGUGCUGCGCACGCUGGCCAACGGCCUGAAGCAUUGCACAGUCUUUCACAAGAGGACGCCUUCGGACGUCUUGAAGUACCUCAAGACUCUGCAUAAUGACAUCCGCUCGGGCGCCUCAACGUCACACGUGGAAGUGUUGUCACAGCUGGGGGAGUACCUCGCCGAGUGGAGCAACCACUCGAGGAAGCAGCUAGGUGGAUCUCGGGCAUGCCCAACGAAAGGAGACGACACAUACCGCAAGCAGAGGCUCACCUACAUCAACAGCCUCUACCAGGACGGCCAACACAGAUUCGAGAACCCCUACCAGCUCGGUCGGGUAUCAAACUUGUACAACACGCUGCAUCGGCUCAAGUUCUUCGAAGCCUACUCCGAGACCGCGGAUGCCUUCACGAAUUUCCUGCACCCGAAGUACUCCAAGAACGCGGUCUUGAACGUCUCGAGUGAUAUUCUGACAGUAGUGAUGAAAUUCCAGAGUUCCAUGCGCCCUAUUAUGUUCAAGCACGUUAUGAUGCAGGCACUCUUGCUUGCGGUGCCGACUGAUAACCAAGCUGCAACGCAGACUUUCGAGUUGUGUACAUCGGAAUCGAUCCAGGGCUUCAUGUUUCCAAUGGAAGGCGCUGUGGUUCUCGAGGGCACGGCAGUGACGCCCGCCAAGCGGAGCAGGGCGGCAAAGACUACGGGGUCCACUGCCAACAAGCAGAAGAAGCCAAAGGCUAAGGCAGCGCAGAUGCCGUCCGAGAUUAUCACCAGGGAUGUGUGCUUGGAACACGACGUGUUGGAGCCCGAUGCCGAUGCUGACGGCGUCCCUGCCGAGGGGGAGGCGGCGGCAGAUGCAGGUGGCCAGCGCACCCGGCCUAAAAUGAUGCUCGACUGCUUGGUCUCUGCAGUCGAGUCUGUCAUCGGGGGCAUCGCCGACGGCGAUGUGCAAUGGAGCGAAGUUGAUACCGUGCUUCGGAGGGGCAUGGAGUUCCCGCUCGUCGUCAAGAACGGUCGCGGCAACUCCAAGGGCGUCGAUGCACUUCUGCCGCCGACCGACGGGGUCUCGAACUCGAAGAAGCCGCAGCGCUGGACCAAGUGGUCUCAGGUGCAGGCGGGCCUUCGCAACUACCUGUGGCACAUGCACGCUGGCAUUGAGGGCGCGCCCGUCGCCGAGCCCGAGGUCGUGGAUUCGCAGCCCGCUGGAGGCUCAGAGAACGAUCCGCAAGACCAGAUCGUGCCGACGGACAUCGAGAGGCCCGUGUGGGAGCACGACUUGAAGGUCUUCUUGAGCGGCACCUCGGUGGACGAGCUGAAGGCGGCCUUGGGCUCCAUCGAUUUCGCGUCGGCACAUUGCUCGCGCGACCACUUCUCCAAGCUACUCCAGGGUGUCAGGUCUGACCCCGCCGUCAUUCCAGGUAACGUCAGCAUUUCAGUUGUCCUGUCAUCGUUGCAUUCGGCAAGGGCCAGCCUGUUGAAGAUGGUGGAGGGCAUUCGGGGCGCGAUUGCAGUGCCGCUCAUCCAGGGCUGCGACCGCCAUGGUGAAGGCGAAGGCUUGAAGCCACAAGUGCCCAUCGUGAUGGUUGGCGUUUUCGACACGACCAAGCAAUGCGAGGAUUUCGCUUUCGACAGGGUGUUAGAGAUCGUGCAUGUCAUCGGGAACACAUCCACAGGCUUCUGCAAGGUCACUGGCGACGACUUCACGGCGGCGCUCCACAAACUCUCAACGGUCCCCGUGGGCCUCCUUGGUAGGGCAGAUGUCUUGAUGACUUCAAGCGAGAUGUGUGUGGAGUUCUGGUCCACGCUGCUUGGCAGAGCUAGCAAUGACGACAUCCCCACAGUCCUCAACUUCAUCAGCAAGCAGGUGGAGAAGCGCAUGGCUGCGCUCAACGAGCGCGAUGCGGCAAUUGUGGAGAGAGCGAAGGUUGUAUCUGAUGACUCAGUCCACGACGUCUCGAAGCUCCGCGCCGUUGACACGUUCAUGCAUCUGAUGUGCGGGUCGGGCGAAGACUCGGAGGGCAAGCUCGCGGAGCCGUCGUGCCAGGACGGGAAUGCACACAGCUCGAAUUCGCCCGUGCAUCCAAUGGUCAUCAGGAGGUUCAUGGCAAAGGUCGAGCUUUUCCUCUACGACGUGACGUCGCGCUCCAGCUCCGACAAGGGCACCCAGAACGUGUACAUCGACUACUCUGGGAAACUGAAGGACACAUGGCUCAUCGCGAAGCCAGUCUGCAAUGACAUCGUCCUCAACCUCGUGGGUCACGUGUCCAACAUCGCAACUCAGAACGCCGUCCCGAUAUGCGAGGCGUUCGGCAUGAGGUUCUACGUCCAGGACCCUGUAAUCAAGGUAAUCAACGGCGAGGUGUUCAACCCAGGGUGGUUGGUGAGGGAGAGCGAGGGCGAGCCGACGAUGGAGUUCAAGACGACAGUUCACGUGCUGAAGUUUGUAUACAGCCAGGCCAUGGCUGCGAGGGAGAAGAGCAUCACUGUUGAGGUGGCACUUCCGCGGCUCCAGAUUAGCGCUGCCUCGCUGGGGAAGCCAAGCGUGCUUCUCAGCAGGCCGCCGAUCCCUGGGCAGGUGUCCACAAGCGUCGCCAAGAAUCACGCUGCAAAGAGCACCCAACUUGUGAUGGCCGCUGCUGGCGGCGCUGACGGCACCACGCCUCGCGCACCAGCAGGCAAGCAAACGGGCUUGUCGAAAUUUUUGCUCCAGUGA